AUUAUAAAGUUUAAAACAAUGCUAGUGUUGGAAAAUAAAGUUGCAUUAAUUACUGGCUCGACAUCGGGUAUCGGUGAGGCCAUAGCCGUACAAUUAUGGUCAUUGGGUGCAUCGGUUAUUAUAACCGGCUAUGAAAACUACGGGCACAUAGAAACCGUAGUCAACCGAUUGCGCAACAAUCAGCCGCCGAUGCCGACCAGCAAACAAACGGAUGGCCUGUUGUCUACUACUACUACUACUACUAAACAAAAAGUUAUAGGUAUCAGAGCCGAUAUACUUGACGAUCGGGAACUGGAUUCGCUGGUCGACAGAGUCAGAUCAGAGUUUGAUAGCCGAUUGGAUAUACUGGUCAACAAUGCCGGCAUAGCUUUGUUGGCCAGUUUUACCGAUACGGAUUGUCUGGGUUUUUUGGAUGAAGAGCUAAAAUUUUUGCGAGCCAUACAACGCCUGACCCGCCAAUUGAUACCGUUGUUGAUGAUGGCCAGUGGCGGCGGCGGCGGUGGCGGUAGUAUUGUAAAUGUGUCGUCCUAUGAGAAACCGUACUAUAAGGCAUUGCCAACACUAUUGAGUAAAUCAAGUUUGGAUAUGUUUAGCAAAUGUCUGGCCCAUGAAUUGGCACCCAAUGGUAUACGGGUUAACAGUGUCGGUCCCGGUGUAAUCGAGACACCGGCAGUUAUCAAUCAUCCGAUGCUCAAACAUCUAGUAUUUUUGCCACAAUAUUUGCAAACAAUACCAUUGGGACGUAUGGGUACUGCCGUGGAUGUGGCCAAUACAGUAGUCUAUCUGAUUGUCCAGUCAACCGCCGGCACCGGUAGUAGUAGUGGUGGUAAUGAUACUAAUAAUAAUAAGACUAAUAAUUAUGAAAAAAAUAAUAAUAGUUUUAUUACUGGUAUGAAAAUUAACAUUACUGGCGGCCAAUAG